CGGAAAGACGUAUGAAGCUUUUCAAAGUUUGUGUAAAUCAAGUAAUGGGUUGUAUUGUGCGCCUUUACGAAUCCUGGCAUGGGAAAUCCACAAAAAAUUAAUUAAACUGAAUAAAAUCACCAGCUUAUUAACAGGUCAAGAAUUAAUUAAAAAAAAAAAUGCAACACAUACAGUUUGCACAGUCGAAAUGACUCCACUAGAUAGACAAUACGACUGUGUUGUCAUUGACGAAAUUCAGAUGAUUAAUCAUGAUACGAGAGGAUGUGCAUGGACAAAUGUUCUUCUAAACUUGGACUGUGAAGAGAUAUACCUCUGUGGAAGUGACAAUAUAAUCAGUUUGGUGAAAAAAUUAGCAGACCUUUUAGAAGACCAAUUAAUUAUAAAGCGAUUCGAACGGUUAACAGAUUUGCAUGUGGAGGAAAAUACAGUGGAAUGGGAAAAACUCAAGACGGGAGAUUGUGUAAUUACUUUCUCCAGAAAUAGCAUCAUGCUGUUAAAGAAUCGUUUGGAGCGAUUGAAUAAACGAGUUUUUGUAAUUUAUGGAAGUUUGCCCCCGGAAAUAAAGCGCAUGCAGGUGGAGUCCUUCAAUCGAUGCUGUGCAGGGGAAGGAAGCAUAGGAGAAGCGGACGAGAAUGAAAAAGCAGAACUACCCCCCUCCACCUGUGACAAGAAAAAACAAACCAUUUUAAUCGCUACGGAUGUCAUAGGUAUGGGGGUGAACAUUAAUAUCAGAAGAAUAAUAUUUUAUUCUUUGCAAAAAUUCGAUGGAGAUAGAUUAAGACAUUUAUACGCUUCAGAAGUACUACAGAUAGCUGGGAGGGCUGGAAGAUAUCAUCAUGGUAUUAGAGAACCCAUAACUGGUUACGUUACUUGUGUUUAUGCACAUGAUUUAAGCAUUAUUAAAAGAAUUUUUAAGAACCAAAAUGAUGGUGUGCUGGAUGGAAAAGGGUUGGAAAAUAGCCAUUCGGAGAAUUCUACUUUUACACAGAUUUGUGGUCAGCACGUUGGGUCCUCGAACGAUUUAAGAAGAAAUGAUGAUGAGGGAAGAUAUCCAAAUGGGCAGGGUAGUGAUGCUCAGUUGAACGUGUCACAACACAACGCACAUGUAGCACUAUUCGGGGAAAUUACUCCUUCCUCCAAAGGGAACAUAUUAAAAAAUUCCCAUUUUGUGGAUCCCCUUCUUUUUCAACAAAGAGAAAGAAAAAACAACACCUGUACAAAGGCAGGUUUUUUUCCUGAUUUUAACAUGAUAAAUAAAUUGAAAAAAAUGCUAGAGUAUGAACACAAAGCAAAGGUAGAACUGCAUGAAAUUAUGAGUAUACUAGUGGACUACGCAAAGCUUAAUGAAGAUUAUUUUUUCCUGACGAAGAAUUAUAACCAAAUGAUACUCAUUGCUAAAUUUUUAAAAGACAUAAAACUGGACAGCGAAACUCUUUUUGUGUAUACCCUUUCCCCGAUAAACGUCAAUGAUAUUAAUAUGUUAACUACGCUGAGAACCUUUGCUUUAUGUCAUGAGCUGCUAAAUUUUGUGGAUUUUUUUGAGUGUAUAAAUCGAGAUAUUGUGCCUACUACUACAAGUGCAAUUCGCCUUGACUUCCCCUUAAGCGCAACUCCAUUCAACGUCUCACCGGGCUAUUCCAACCAUCCACACAUGGGGAUAGAGGAAUGCCUCAGCGUGCUGGAGCUUUAUUAUGAAAUAAUCGACCUGUACUGCUGGUUACAUACAAAGUUCCCAAGCAUUUAUACAAACAUAGAUUC